AUGCUGGCGUAUGCAAAAGGAAGCACGCUGGUCGUGGCCAACGCCGGCGACGUAAGGGCGGUGCUAGCGUCGAACGAUGCCUCGAGGGGGCUGGUGGCAAAACCCCUGAGCACUGACCACAACGCCAAGCACGAGUCCGAACAAGCUCGGUUGACCGCAGCUCAUCCAAAUGAGCCCGACGUGUUCAAGUGCAAAUUGCACCGCAACUCGACUCGGGUGAAGUCGUGCCGCGUCAGAGGCAUCUUGCAGCCCACGCGCGCGUUGGGGGACUUUGCCUUCAAGUAUGAAGAAUUCAACACGUUACAUGCCAGUUUUCAAAAUGGAGGCGACGGUUUCGUCAUCCCGCAGCCAUAUACACCACCGUACAUACUGGCAGAUCCGGAAACCCAAGUGCAUACGCUGACGGAUGCCGACCAAUUUCUCAUUUUGGGAAGCGAUGGACUAUGGGGUAGCUUGUCCAACGAAGAAGCGGUUGAAAUUGUCGCCAAUUAUGCAUCUCGUGGCGUGCACUUCCGAGCCGCCCAAGCAUUGGUCAACCGUGUGAUCGCCAAGAAAGUCGAAAAAAAAAACCACACCGCAUCCCCCAUCGAGAUUCUUUGGUCCACUAUAAAGUGCCAGAGCAAGACGUUGCUGCGCGAGCGCCUUGCUGCGUUUAUGGGACCUCGUCCUGACGGACAAACUCGUGACGAGUUUCGUAUGGCUUACCUUGAGCACAUCGCCGACGAAGUCAUUGCAGUGCCGAAUCGAGCGCAACAAGCAGACUACUACAUCCCUAACGAAGUGUUUUACCCCCUAUUUGCGAAAAAAGCUGUCAUGGUAUUACGUAAGAUCGCAAGCGAUACCAACAUCGACGAAGCCAAAUGGUACAACACGCUGCGCGAGUGUGCUGGCACGGACUUAGUGCUGCACAUUCGGCUGUCGAAUCGAACGUUCCUGGUGUGUUGUCUCAAAAAGCGAGAAACAUAUGAGGACAACCUACGGGCGAAUGCGCGACGCAUGGGUGGCGAGUGGCGACGGAGUGCUUGCAUGUGGAACAAACAACCCAGUGAGGAUGACUACCGCAACCGCAUCAUGGAUGUAGUCGGGCAACCAGCUACCAAGUGGACACCCACAAAGUCAGACAUACAAACUUACUGUCGGGCGCUGAGCGUUGAUCCCCAUGGAAACGUGACCAGUCGCCUAGUGUCAUUUAUGGAGCGGGUCGACGAUGUGAUCGAUGAAAACGGUUUACGCCAACAACUCAAGGAUCCGACCAUGUUGAGAACCUUCGUGAAGGUGGUAGCAGCGCAUGUCACUCCCAGUUACCUGCGCGACAGAGUGGACGAGCUAAUGAAGACCGUACCGGCUAACGACCUGGUGGCCUUUGCGGGCAUCCUACGCGAACAGCUCGAUCGAACGCAUAAUAAGACGACCAAGGGCGCCGCAUUACAAAACAUGCGAAGAUGGCCAACCAAGCUGUUCGAGACUAGCGGGAAUCCCGAGAAAAUUGCCCACGUCCAACAGGUGGAUACAUCAAGCCAGAACGAAGUGCAGCGGUAUGGUCCCCGUCGACUCAAAAGCGAACGGGGGACCCAACAGCCACGAAGUACGGACCGCAAGCAAAUUCGCACCCAAGAUACGAUGAACGCCCUCCCAAGCUGUGUGUGA